AUGCUGUUCAACAAGCCAGUGUUCCGGUGGAUCCACCAGAUGAUGGAGAAGAUGGGCACCGACAUCGCCUGCGUCCGCCUUGGCGGUGUCCACGUCGUCGCCGUCACCUGCCCCAGCAUCGCCCGCGAGGUGCUCAGGAAGCAGGACGCCAACUUCGCCUCCCGCCCGCUCACCUUCGCCUCCUCCGCCUUCAGCGGCGGGUACAAGAACGCCGUGCUCUCGCCGUUCGGCGACCAGUGGAAGAAGAUGCGCCGCGUGCUCACCUCGGAGAUCGUCUGCCCGUCCCGGCACCGGUGGCUCCACGACCGCCGCGCUGGUGAGGCCGACAACCUCACCCGCUACGUCUAUGCCCUCACCAUGGGAUCCGCGUCCGCGUCGGGCGUGGACGUGAGGCACGUGGCGAGGCACUACUGCGGCAACGUCAUCCGCUCGCUAGUCUUCGGCCGGCGGUACUUCGGCGAGCCUCAGCCGAACGGCGGCCCGGGCCCGAUGGAGGUGGAGCACAUGGACGCGGUGUUCAGGUCCAUGGGGCUCCUCUUUGCGUUCUGCAUUUCCGACUACCUUCCCUGGCUGCGCGGCCUGGACCUCGACGGCCAGGAGAAGAUGGUCAAGGAGGCAAACGCGACGGUGAACCGGCUCCACGACACGGUCAUCGACGAGCGGUGGAGGCAGUGGAAGUCCGGCGAGAGGAGGGAGCUCGACGACUUCCUCGACGUGCUGAUCACGCUGGAGGACGCUGAGGGGAAGCCGCUGCUCGCCAUCGAGGAGGUCAAAGACAUAACAUUUGCCGCCGUUGACAACCCGUCGAAUGCGGUGGAGUGGGCGUUGGCGGAGAUGGCGAACGCGCCAGAGGUGAUGGCGAAGGCGAUGGAGGAGAUGGACCGGGUGGUGGGCCGGGAGCGGCUCGUGCAGGAAUCAGACAUUCCGCAUCUCAACUAUGCCAAGGCGUGCAUUCGUGAGGCAUUUCGGCUGCACCCGGUCGCCCCCUUCAAUGUGCCACAUGUUGCCCUAGCCGACACCACAGUCGCCGGUUACCGCGUGCCCAAGGGCAGCCAUGUCAUCCUCAGCCGAUCUGGGCUUGGCCGAAACCCAACCAUCUGGGACGAGCCGCUCUGCUUCAAGCCAGAGCGCCACAUUAAUAUGGAUGAUGGCGGCAAUGUGGUGCUCACGGAGAACGAGUUGCGGUUCAUCUCCUUCAGCACUGGCCGCCGCGGAUGCAUCGCAUCGUCGCUUGGGACAGCCACGUGUGUGAUGCUCUUUGGACGGCUACUACAGGGAUUCACUUGGAGCAAACCGCCAGGGUUGUCGGCCAUUGAUCUCAGCGAAUCAGAGCACGACUUAUUCAUGGCCAAGCCGUUGGUGCUACAUGCCGAGCCACGCCUGCCGAUGCAUCUCUACUCUGCCACCGACAUCUAA